UUGUUUUCUUUUAUACUUUCAUUGAUUACGAAAGGCGAUUGAUUUGAAUUUGAAAACAUGGUUUUCAUAAAAUGCAUCUACUACUGAAGUUACAGAUUUGCAUGCUCAGUCGUUCCGAAUGCCUCCAACUGGUUCCUUAAAUUUGUCGCUUCAGGUGACCGGUAAUGCGACUGUAAAUACAGCAGGUGGAAAUGAUGACGAAAGAAUCUGGACUCAGAUAUUAUCUGAAGUAAGCGCUAAUGGUGUCAGCAAUAGCGCACCAGGAACGAUCCUUUUCCUAGGAAAUAGACAGAGUGGCAAAAGUUGGUUAUUGAAUAGACUUGAAAAACGGGAAACAUCUGGUCGUGGUUCUGCGCUUGAGUAUCAUUUUUUGAAUGUACACACAGAUUAUAGGGAUGCAAGCUAUGCGUAUCAGUUAGCUUCGGCAGGUGCCGGUGUUGCACCUGGUGAAAGCGUAACACUCCCAGUAUGGGUUUUGGAUGGUGAUGUGGCGUUUGCGCCUCUGGUGAAAUUUGCUUUAACUGCAUCAUUAAGCAAAAGCAUUGUGAUAUUAUGUGCGUCGAUGCAAGAGCCUGGAGUAAUACUGCCAUCAUUGAAUAAAUGGGUUAAAGUGAUAAGUGGUCAGAUCGAAAAUAUAUUUGAUAAAGCUAUCGUGAUGGAUGCUCGCAAAUCACAAGAAUUAUUUUGGCAAGAGUAUGUUGAACCACUCGAUAGCUCGAUGCAAAGCGAUAAAAUACCAUCCAUGGAAACAGAACAUGUACUGCUACCACUGGAUCAAAAUAUCCUGACUCGAAAUACAGGUGCUGCACUAGUAGUUGUGCUAACGAAGAGUGACUUAGCACAUACUGAAAUGUCUGAUGAUCAGCUCGAUCGUUUACAGUAUCACGUCCGGAAAUUUUGCAUGGCACAUGGAGCUGCUUUGGUUUACACAUCUGCGAAAGAAGAAAAAAAUACAGCCUUGCUGUACAAGUAUCUUAUUCAUCGAGUCUGCGGAAUGCCAUUUACAACACCUGCUCAGGUUGUUGACAAGAAUUCAAUAUUUGUGCCAGCAGGUUGGGACAAUGAGAAAAAGCUGGAUAUAAUCAAGGAAGCAAUCCCAGAUGUGGACCAUCCGUUAGAGAUGGUGCGCGAAAGGCAAUCCAUACGGGACCAGGUUAUUGAAGCAGAGGAAGAACAAGCGUUCCUACACAAACUUGCAAGUGUUGAAAUUGCGUCACCAAAACGAACUACACCGCAGAAACAAGCAAGUGAAGGAGCAGAUGGCAAUUCUCCGCUAGUUUCCUUUUUCAAUAAUCUCCUUAGAACCAAGGAGGGUCAGGUUGCGCAGACGAAUCGUGCAGUGGUUGAUCCGCAAGCACAGUUACAAAGAAUGCUGGAACAGGUAAACAGUUCGGCAGCAUCAUCAGCGGCAAAAUCAAACGGAGAGCAAGAAUCAGUAACUCCAGAGUUAAAUUCAGCUCAGCAGCAGUCAUCAUGAAUAUGAAUCAAAGCUCAAAAAAUCUGCUAAACUACAAAAUUUUUUGCAAUACGUUUGUUAAAAGCGUAAUGAUUUUAUUUCGAGAUUACUGUUGCUGCAAGUCUUAAGCUAUCGCUGAUGAUUUUGAGGAAGUUAGACAGUGGAAACUGUAAGGGUAUAUUGUUCUUGUGCGAUAUAUGAUCUGCAUCCCAUCUUCUCUGUAUUUACCUAAACGAUAUUUAUUUGUUUGAUUAUUACUACUUGUCAGUAUUGUCGCUGUGUUCCUGGAAGGAUUGAAGUUGUACCGGAAGCUUAUUAUUAUAUUAUAUAACCUGAGGGAUACGGUUCAGAAGUAGUCUUUAGAUCUUCAUUUCCAAAUUACAC